AUUCUUUUGCUCGUCUAAACUGUCCAGACUAACGGCUAGUAGCAGCAACUUUUCAAAUAUCACCAAACCGGUUUUCAAAACAUAAACAAUAUUUUGGUUCUCUUUUGAUCUCUUUCCUACGCCUCUUCUCUUCCACUGGACAUUGGCAUAAUUUUUACUCAAAUUUCCAUAAUGAUCCACGCAGAUCACCUGCAAAUUACGAAUAUUCGCGAACGAAAAAGAAAGUGGUUUUGUCAAAGCUUGUUACCAUUUCUCCAAAUCUGUUGAAUAUGAUUUUGGCAUCACAUUAUAAGUAUAAAAGAUCGCGGAAAUUAAACCAACAUUCACAGAGCGUUUUAGACCAUCAUUCCAAGCUGAGACUUCCUCCGAUUGUGUUCGUACAGCGACGACCUGCAAGAAUCUAGUCAAGAUGUUCAAGAUCAUCGCCCUUGGUGCCCUGCUGGUGUGCUGUGCCGUGAUGGCCCGUGCCGUGCCCGUGGACCAGACUGAACUGGACGAAAUGGCGGAAGCCCCCGCGGUCGGAGUGUCCCAAACGAGCCAGGCCGUGGUCGAGCAGGAGCCCAAAAUCUCCGCCCCGAAGGAGAGCGACGUGAGCGAGCAGAACAAGGAGGCCAUGGAGAACGCCGAAACGAUCGGAUUUGGAUACCACAAGACGUUCCACGUGGCGCCACGUGUGUUCGUUCCGCCGUACCCGCUGCCGUACCAUGCUGUUGGCGCGUACGGAUACGGAAUCCCGGCGAUCCCGAGCUACGGAGGUUAUGGAGGUUAUGUGGUGUACUAGAGGUAGUGUGGCCAAGUACAAAUUGAAAGUGGGGAGAGUAUGUUGAUACAUUAUUUAAAGUAUUUAUUUGCCUAAUUUAUUGUGAAGGAGGACACCAAAUAAAACUUGU